UCAAUGGAAGAUGUAUGGAACCAUCCAAACCGUUCCACCGAGAUUCAGCAGAUUUACGGGUCCAAACCGAAGAGAAGAGAAGACCCACCGUCAAUCCCCUCACCGCUUGCAUUUCGCCUAUCUCUCUCCCUCUCCCUCUCCCUCUCUCUCACCAGAUACCCAAAUAGAAGAAGAAGAAGAUGGCUCUGUCAAUUCCCCAUGCUUGCCAAACUCUGAGAAACAAACGUUUCCUUACCCGGGAUUUCACCUCUUUCAUACAGGUGGCAAAUUUUGCGUCUUUUUAGCUCUCGGGAACCGUCCGCUUUUUGCAAUCUCUCGUGGUUCCUUGAAGAGGGUAUUUGGGAUUUUCGACUUGGGUAUUUGUGGCGCAUUAUUGCUGGUACUAUGGGGGAUGAUUCUAGUAUGGACGUUGAUCGUUUGAACCCACCGACUGGUUCACUGGUGAAUAAUCAAUUGAGAAGGGGACGACAUCUUCAGAUUGAGGAACGAAUUCGACAGCUUCAAGCUGUCUCUGCUAGGGCUAGGCAGCGCCAGAGAUGGCGCCGAGCCCGAAACCUUCCCCUUACCGAUAAUGUUAUGAGUGAGGGAACUGAUGGUGCUGGUGGUGAGGCUACAAUGCAAGAUGGGGAGAAUAGAGUUGCCUUGGAGGAAGAGAGAAUUGAGAGGGCCAAAAGUUGCAUAAUGAAUGGCGCCCAUUUGGUUGCAAAGGCUCUUGAAUUGCAAGAAGAUGUUAACAAGGUUGUUGGUGAUGGAGAUGGAUUUUUCGAUUGCAAUGUAUGCUUGGAUAUGGCCAAAGACCCGAUAUUGACCUGUUGCGGUCACUUGUUCUGUUGGGCGUGCUUCUAUCAGUUGCCUUACAUCUAUUCAGUAGCUAAGGAAUGCCCAGUUUGCAAGGGAGAGGUAAUGGACAAUAGCAUCACUCCUAUCUAUGGCUAUGGGACCAGUGGCAAUGUAUCCAAAUCGGAGUAUGGGGUGACUAUACCCCCAAGACCCCAGGCCCGUCGAAUAGAGAGUGUUAGGCAACAACAGGUCGGCCGAGGCACAUCCCAUGUUCCAGUUGUGGAUGCAUUUCAAAGAAUUAGAAUGCAGAUAACUGCUGCCGCGGUGGGCCGCGCACAGCAACAGCAUCCUAGCAGCGGCGGCGUAAGCAUCAGCUCUGGCAGAGCCAAUGCGGCUGAUCAGGUCCCCGCCCCUGACGUGCUGAUCAAUACCAUGUUAGGGGGAGGCAACCAACGCCCCCGACCUCGUCAACCUACGAGAGUAGCAUUGCAUACUUCUGCUGCUGCUGCUGCUCCUGCUGCUUCGGUUCCUUCUGUUCCAUCUUCGCCGUAUAGCCCGAGACUGUUGUUUGAGGAGCUUGAGUUAUAUUUUGGUGGCCGUUUCUUGGGAAGAACCAGUGAGCAGCUGGUUACACCAAUUGGUGGAGCAGAUCCUUUUUCUAGCACUUCUGCUGUUGCACAGCCACAACAAGAGAUUGUGCAGGAUUCAACCACUGAGGUCUAUCCUGCAGCAGCCACUGCUUCAUCUUCCCAAAGAAAUGCUGCUUCUGCUUCUCUUGUCCAGUUGGGAACACAAGGAACCGAACCUCCAACUGAGGCAAAUUUAACUGAACCCGAACCCUCUUCGUCUUCCAGGAGAAGAAUCCGCCUUUCUGAAGUGUCAGAUGGAGGCAAUGGAGAUUCUCGUGAACCUAGGAGGAGAAGACUAAACUAGCAUAGAUAUUUCUGCUUUUAAUUGUAUUUAUAAUAAGUUUGCGACUUCCUUUCAUUAGACAUACCCUCUCUCAUAUUAAAAACAGAUUAUAGUUCUUUGGGCUUGUAUUUGAUUUAUAGAACAGUUUAUAGAAGCACAUUUAUUUUUGUUUUCUUCUUCAAUGGCAAGCAUGUUUAUAAAAGAAAUGCGAUCCCGCAUUGUGGAUCUUACUUUCCAAGGAAAGAGCUACUGAUAUUGUCUUCCAUAGAUUUUAGCUUGAAUACCUGAUUGUAUGGCAGGACACAUUUGUUAGGCAUAGGUCGACUAGUCUUAUUUAUAACUCUUGUAUAUCUAAUUGCUAUUUUUUAUCUCCCAAUAUACUUGCUUAUGUA